UUUUGAGUUCUACAUUGACUGCCAUGUUGGGCUGGGCUGACAAAAGACUCCUGGCGUAUCAUGGAACUUUUGAUAGUCGAAAAAUUGAUUCCAUUCAAAGCAUUGUUUCUAUUGGGAUAUCUGCUGCCAAAAUCUUAGUUGAAGAUAUAUCAAAUGAGUAUCGUUGACAAAGAAAAAACGAAACUGAUGUGGCAUGCAGCAGGAUUGACACUACAUCAGGUCAUCAGUUUGCACCGCUUUUGCUCGGGCAAGUUCCUCUCAGUUUUUGAAUUCUCAUCUAGCAAUUUAGAAGAGAAUGGAAAAGGCAGAUUCAAACAGAAGAUCAUCAAGAAACCAGCUAAAUUCCCUUCCUGUCCUUGCUAUUCUUGCAAAGGAUGUUGGGGAUCUUGCAAUGAAAGGAAAGGACACAUUCAGUCCUAUCUUGAAAAGAUGGCACCCUUUUGCCGCAGGUGUUGCUGUUGCCAUGAUACAUGCUUGCUAUGGAAAUGAGCUGAAGCAAUUUAUUGCAGCUAUAACAGAGUUGACAGCAGAUGCGGUACAAAUACUGAGAGCUGCUGAUAAGUUGGAAAAAGAUCUUAUCAAUAUUGCUGUUGAAGAUUCAGUGGAUAGUGAUGAUGGUGGGAAGGCCAUCAUUUGUGAGAUGCCUCCUUAUGAAGCUGAAGGCUCAAUAGCCAACAUGGUUAAAGUUUGGAUAAAGACAAGGAUAAACAGGUUGAAGGAAUGUAUUGACAGAACUCUUCAACAAGAGGUAUAUGUUCAGUGUCUGAUCGAUUCCUUUCUUGAACAGAACACAAUGCUGUAUAACCUGACCUCCAGAAAUCCUUAAAUACAUUUAUUUGAAAUCUUACGACCGCAUAUGACUUGUAUUGGGCACACACUUAAGUAGGCAUGUAGUGCAGUACUAAGUUACACUUGGAACUAAAUGAUUGUGCAGAAAUUUAAAAAGUUUCUAAUACUUCCCAGGGUAUUCUUU